AUGGUCUCAUUCAGAGCGGGUACAAGUGCCAUCCUGGCCACAACCCUCCUCGCUACCCUCUCAUCCCUCUCAUCCACAGCCUCAGCAUUCUACAUUCCAGGACUCAGUCCAACAGUCUUCCACAACGGCGACCGUGUACCACUGUUCGUCAACAAGAUCUUUUCCGAAAAGUCGCCCUUACCCUUUGCCUAUGCUGAUCUUCCCUUUGUGUGCGAGCCACCCAAGGACGCCAAGCGGGCAUGGCUCAACCUGGGUGAAGUUCUGAGAGGCGAUCGUAUCUUGACCUCUGACUAUGAGCUGGUGGUAGGCAAGGAUAUCAAGUGCCAGACCCUCUGCGUCAAGAGUGUCUCCGCGGAGGAUGCCGCCCUUGCAGCCAGCUACAUCGCAAACGACUACAACGUCGAAUGGAUCGUGGACAACUUGCCUGGAGCAACAAAGUACAAUCUGGGAGACGGACAGGCACACCAGCAACGGCGAUACAGGGCUGGGUUCCCCUUGGGCAAAGUCAAAUGGUCCAAGAGCAACAUCCACAACCACGUUACGAUCCGCAUUCUCUACCAUAACCAGCCAGGACAAACAGGCGGAAAGUUGAUCGUUGGCUUUGAGGUCAACCCAUACUCGAUCGACCAGGGUGAUUCAUGCCCUGAAGACCCUCUCAAGGUUGGAGCGUUCAAGGUGGUGUCGGACAAGGAGGUCGAGAUCCAGUACACCUACUCUGUUCAGUGGAUUGAGGACAAGGAAGUCACUUGGGACAAUCGCUGGAAUCUGUACCUGGUUAAGACUGGCACCGAAGUGCACUGGUACUCGAUCGUCAACUCGAUUGUCAUCAUGUUGUUCUUGACCGGUGUUGUGGCCAUUAUUAUCCUCAAGACCCUCAAGAAGGAUAUUGCCAUCUACAACGAGGAGGAGAUGAAGGACGACCAGGACGACGGAUCAGGAUGGAAGUUGGUUCAAGGCGAUGUUUUCAGGACACCCCAGUACUCUUCAAUCCUCUGCGCCAUCCUUGGAACCGGUGUCCAAAUCAUUGUCAUGGCCAUCUCUACCAUUCCGUUUGCGGGAUACUACUCGGCUCGCUUGUACAAGGUGUUCAAGGGCACUUCAUGGACCAAGAAUGCUAUUGUUACGGCGACUCUUGUUCCGGGAUUCUUGAUGACCUUGGUGUUCUUGCUGAACAUGUUUGUCUGGUCCAAGAACUCUUCCAACGCCAUCCCCUUUGGUACUUUCUUUGCCCUGGUGGUGAUGUGGUUUGGUAUCUCUCUUCCUCUGUCGUUGGUCGGCGCUUUCUUUGGUCAGCGCAAGGCUGUCAUUGAGCAUCCCGGACGUACCAACCAGAUCCCUCGUCAGAUCCCCGAACCUUUGUGGUACAUGAAGCCCCGCAUCACGGUUGCACUGGGAGGCUUGUUGCCGUUUGCAGUCAUCUUUAUUGAGCUGUUCUAUAUCCUCAAGUCGGUCUGGGAGGGUCAAUAUUACUACAUGUUUGGAUUCUUGAGUCUUGUGUUUGCCAUCCUGCUGGUGACCUGCGUCGAGAUUUCCAUCAUUGUCGUCUACUUCCAGCUCUGCAGCGAGGAUUACAACUGGUGGUGGCAAAGUUUCUUUGCUUCGUCGUUCUCAUCGUUCUACAUCUUUUUGUACAGCAUGGUGUUUUUCACCAAGCAGCUGUCGAUCGACCACUUUGUGCCUGGUCUGAUCUACUUCACCAACACUGUCAUGAUCUGUAUUAUCUAUGGUCUCUUGACGGGCACAACGGGGUUUAUUAGUUCGUACUGGUUCAUCCGUCGUAUCUACUCUGCUGUUAAGAUUGACUAG